GUUCCAUAGCAUCAAGUCUCUUGCUUGAGAGAGAUAGAAAGAGAGAAGAGAGAAGAGAGAAGAGAGAGAUUUGUAUUGUGUUUGACUUGAGAGAAAAAGAGAGACUGUGUUUCUACAAAGAGAGAGACGGUUGGAGGGAGAGAUUGUAUUUGUGUUUCUAUUGAGAGAGGGAAAAAGAAUGGUAGUGACCAUCGGAGGGAGGACGAGCAGUCCUGACUCCGAAGGCAACGGUAGGCCUACCAACACCACUACCACCGCCACUGGGGGUGCAACUGUGACCGCCACAAGCCCAAGUGAGGGUUCCAUAAGGGAGCAAGACCGGCUCCUCCCUAUAGCCAACGUCGGCCGAAUCAUGAAGCAGAUACUUCCUCCGAAUGCUAAGAUCUCGAAGGAGGCCAAGGAAACCAUGCAAGAGUGUGUAUCAGAGUUCAUCAGCUUUGUCACAGGUGAGGCCUCAGAUAAGUGUCAUAAGGAGAAGCGCAAGACUAUCAAUGGUGAUGAUCUAUGUUGGGCACUACAAACACUUGGGUUUGAUGACUAUGUUGAGCCAUUGAGAAAAUAUCUGCAUAAAUAUAGAGAGACUGAAGGAGAGAAGGCCUCAUCCUCCCAAAACCCCGGUAAAAAUGGCCAAAUUGAUGUUAAGGAGAGUGCCUCUAGCUUCAAAAAUGAUAAUCCCUUCAAUUUCAAUGUAAAUCAUAGAAAUAGUAGUAGUGGAAACAAUGGUAAGAGUAACCAACUCUCUAUACCGUUUUAGUGGCACAUUUAAGACCACUUAAUUGUGAAAAUUAGGGUUUGGGUGUAUUGCUCUUGUUUGAACAUGUACACAGUUUCCAUUCAUUUCUUGCUUUUGUAUGUUACAUUUGCUAACAUAU